AUGAGGACAGCCAGGCGGGCCAGCACCGUGGAGGUGCCCUCCUUCCUCCGCCAGCUAGCCAAGGAGACAGAGAAGAUGGUCACCUUCUUCUUUAAGGGGGGACAGAGAGAUGGCCAAGAGGGGAGCGAAGAGGACUCCAGUGAUGAGGAUAACGGGCCGAGCGUCUACCUGGACCGGCCCGUCCUGGAUAAGCACACGGCCGAGGGGAGGUCUCAGUGGGGGGUGAACUAUGCAACGGCCAGCAUGCAGGGCUGGAGGGCGCAGAUGGAGGACGCCCACACCUGCAUGCCGGAGAUGGGAGGAGAGCUGGCGGAGUGGGGCUACUAUGCAGUGUUUGAUGGACACGCUGGCAACACGGUGGCACAGUACUGCUCCCAUAACCUGCUGCAACACAUCCUCGCUACAGGGCGCGUAAAGGCAGAGGAGGACCCUGACGACGUGAAGGAGGGGAUCAUCGAGGGCUUCCUGGCCAUUGACAGCCACAUGCACACACUGACGCGCCAGGAAUGCUGGGAGCGCAGCGGCUCCACGGCGGCCGCCGUCAUGCUCUCGCCGCAGUACGUCUACUUCGUCAACUGUGGCGACUCGCGGACGCUCCUCUGCCGCGACGGCCAGGUCAUCUUCUACACGGAGGACCACAAGCCCUUCAACCCCAGGGAGAAGGAGCGGAUACAGAACGCGGGCGGCUCGGUGACCCAGCAUAGGGUGAACGGCUCCCUGGCUGUGUCCAGGUCCCUGGGAGACUUUGACUUUAAGGAGGUGGACUGGAGGUCCCAGACUGAGCAGCUGGUCUCCCCAGAGCCAGAGGUGUACGAGCUGGAGAGGUCCCCGCAAGACGAGUUCCUCAUAGUGGCUUGUGACGGAGUGUGGGACGCCAUCGGCAACGAGGAGCUGUGUGCGUUCGUCCACAGUCGCCUGCAGGUGUGCGAUGACCUGAGGGAGAUCUGCAACCAGGUCAUUGACCUCUGCCUCUAUAAGGGUAGUUUGGACAACAUGAGCAUCAUCAUCGUGACCUUCCCUGGUGCACCCCAGGUGUCACAAGAGGCCCUACAAAAAGAGGCCGAGCUAGAGACGAUCCUCGAAGCCAAAGUGGAAGAGAUUAUCAACUUGCUAAAGUCACGGGACAAGGACCCUGACCUGCUGUACGUGAUGAAGUUUCUGGUCUCUGAGGACAUACCUGGCCUGCCACCAGGGGGGGGAGUCACCAGCAAAAGAGACUGUGUCAUCUCUGCAUAUCAGAAGUUUGUAACGCCCUUCAGAUCUCUGGAACCGAUGGACAUCGGAGGAUCUGAAGAGUCCAACUAG